CUGACAGCUAGGGCAGCAGCGCAUUGCAAGAAGUAGCCUGAGCUCAUGCUGGAUUCCCGGAGCUCGUCACCAUGCUUGGUAGGCUAUAGGAGCUCCAUGGAGCAAGCUAACUUCUACGAGGUCGACCCGCGGCCAUCCAUGAACAUCCACGUUCAGCCCCCGCACGGUGUUUACGGCUACAGGGAGCCUCCGGCUUCAGCCCUUGAACACAACGAGCUGUGUGACAACGAGAACUCCAUUGAUAUCAGCGCUUACAUCGACCCGGCCGCUUUCAACGACGAGUUUCUGGCCGACCUGUUCCAUAGCAACAAGCAGGAGAAAGCCAAGAGCGACUUUGAGUACCAGCAGCAGCAGCAGGGGCCGGUCGGGGCGGUUGUUGCAGCAGGGCACCCGCUGAUGUAUGGCUGCAGCAUGGCUAACUACAUGGACAACAAGCUGGACGGUGGCCUGAGGCCGCUUGUGAUCAAGCAAGAGCCAAGGGAAGUAGAGGAAGCCGGCGGCAGAGCAUCAUCAUUAGCAGCUCUGUACCCUCACCAUGCGGCCUCCCAGCACUCAUCCCACCUGCAGUACCAGGUAGCCCACUGUGCCCAGACCAGCAUGCACCUGCAGCCCGGCCACCCAACUCCUCCUCCUACUCCUGUCCCAAGCCCACAUCACCCCCCUGCACAUCAGCAUCAUCACCUGCACCAUUCUUCACUCAAAGGCAUUUCCCCUUCAUCCUCCUCCUCAUCCUCCUCCUCCUCCUCGGAGAACAGGGGCAAAUCCAAAAAGUGGCUGGACAAGAACAGCAACGAGUACAGGGUAAGGAGAGAGAGGAACAACAUAGCAGUGAGAAAAAGCAGGGACAAAGCCAAGAUAAGGAAUGUAGAAACCCAACAGAAAGUCAUUGAGCUCUCUUCUGACAAUGAUAAGCUGAGGAAGAGGGUGGAACAGUUGAGCAGGGAGCUGGACACUCUUAGGGGCAUCUUCAGGCAGCUCCCAGACAGUUCUCUGGUCAAAGCUAUGGGCAACUGUUCAUAAGGUCAAAUACUCACAUUCAGUGCAUUGUCUACCAGUGAGAGACACUGUUAAACACCCCCACCUGAGAGUGGAUCCUUCCAGUUCGGACCAUGAAGUUUUAAUACAUGUGCCAUUUGUGAACUAGGAUGGCAGCCACCCUGUGAGACGGCUCUGGGCUGGGAGUCAAAACAGGCAUUCCAAGUACACAGAGGCCCGACCAGCUCACUAAAUAGUGACUUUCUACGGCAUCUAACAGCAGCAUUUGCCUGAACUCACAGAUUGCCAGUCCGGGCCUGCUGUGAGACUUUAUUCUGGUGUAUUUACUCAAUGGUGUUAAAGGUACCCACCUUGCAAGACCUCCAUGCUCCAGGCAGCUUUGGUGGUGCUAGAUGAAACAAGCCAGGGUUUUUUUUUUCUUAGGCUUUGAGGUCCCUCCAUUUAUAUGAAGUUGUUUGUUCCAGGCUAAGCAGAUUUUUUUUUAUACAUUUUUUCAUACUUUAUCACAUAUCACACGUGCCUUUUGUAGAAUUUGGUAUAUCUGUUGCUCUAGUACAUUACAGAGUAUUUAUCUAUUCCUAUUGCUGUUAGGGAAUGCUGGGAAAUUUAGUAACACCUAGAGGGCCGCAGGUAGCACACCACAUUCUAUAACGUUUUGCCAGUGGAUGUGUAAGGCGAUUAUGCUAAUGAUCAUGAAAAUACCUGAUUAUAUUUUUUAUAUGUGACUGGUAAUUUAAAUAGAGAUUUGGAAAAUUCCAUUGCAUUUAAAAAAACAGUAUGGUCAGUGAUGGACAAAUACAACUUAGGGCCCCCAUACUGAGUUCAUGUUUGGGCCUCUUUUACUAAAACCCAGAUGGGAGGCUUCCCCCGGGCCUAUAUGCAGCUGCACAACUAGCACGCGUGCCCCUGUUAUGGGGUAUUUAUUCCAUUAAUUCAUCAUGUAAUUUCCCUGGUGUUUAUCUGUCACAUUUAAGGUUUCACAGCUUACAGGCGAGAGACAGGCGCUCCAGGGUAAAAACAAAGGGAACAUUAUGCAAAGAUAUACAAAAUACAGUACUUAUUUUAUAACUAUUGUAAACUGUCAGUUUUCAUUGUGAAUGACAUUUAUCAGCUGCUGUUGCUAAUCAUUAUUUCAUGCUUUCUGUGUGUGUUUUCUGUGACACUGUGUACAUAACUUUUUUUUUUUUUAAUCAAAGUUCUUUGGAAAACCUGCAGACCAGCAGAAUGUGAAUGAGCUAAUCUCUCAAUUCUACAACAUUGUGCUUUUCUUAUGCUCAUUUUCUUGCCAUUGUCUCUUGGUUGUUGCAGGGUUGGCUGGUAAUGCUUUUUAUUGGCAGCUGUCAAGCUCACUCUGCUGUCUGACAAGGAAAAGGUGUGAUUAGUACUGCACGCUAGAGGAAUCCCAGCUCCACACUUUGCACUCUUUUCAGUUUGAUAUUUAGGGAUGUGUCCAUUGUAAAUUAAUUAAGGACCAAAUUAUUGCAGCAGUGGCAUGACUGUAGAGCCCACGGGCCCUGUUUAACAAUCAGUGCACGAUCCUUCUUCAUUUCUGCCUCAGACACCACAACCUGGGGCUCAUUUAUCAACACUGGGCAAAUUUGCCCAUGGGCAGUUACCUAUAGCAACCAAUCAGUGAUUAGCUUUUUAAAGCCAGCUACAAGUAGAACAAUGAAAGCAGCAAUCUGAUUGGUUGCCAUGGGUUACUGCCCAUGGGCAAAUUUGCCCAGUAUUGAUAAAUGACCCUCCCUGUGUCUUAUUUUCAUCUGCAAGUAUAAAUCACAUUAAUUGUACCAGGGCCACGUAAUAACCUCUGCAGCCACUAUAGUUAUGCUGCUAUAAUUCCUGCCAUCAGUACAGUUACUGUUCUCCCCAUCCUAGUAUUUUGCUGAGGAUGUUGGGAGUUGAAAGUCUAAAAAAAGGACUUCAUGUUGGGCAUCCCUGCUUUAUUCAAGUAGUGCCUUAAAGCUAUAUACCCUUAAUUUCUCCUGCUAAAUUAUUGGCCAAAAGAAACCCCAUGUUUAUUUUUUAUUUUUUUUGCCUUGAAAAAAAGAUAUGUAUGUUUUAAAAAUGUUCUGGAAAAUAAAAGAAAUGCCUUUAUUCACUUAUUUGUUAAUAAUUAUAAUUUUUUUGAAACACAACCGCAUAUCCUUGUUUUUAUUUUCAAAACUAAAUAAAACAAAACUUUAAAAUA